AGACAAUGGGGCCAGCACCUGGGGCUGCUGAGAGCGAAGAGCCGCUGCAGGAGUUGCGUGUUGAUGGCAAUGGACACCUGGAGACUGUCGGGGAACCAGAACCUCAUCGUAACUGCAAGAAAAGUCAAACCGGUCCAGUUGUGGUUGCACUGAUAGUUCUAUCAUCUGCUUUGAUCGCUGCCGUCAUUGUUCUGGCAGUGCUGGCAUAUAAACCUUUAUCAGCUAAUCUGUGCUCCCCUGCUGGCCAUGCAUGCACAGAUGGCUGGAUGGGAUACCGAGGGAAAUGCUAUUAUUUCUCCGAGACUGAAGGGAACUGGACCUACAUAGAGAGACUCUGCUCCUCCUUUGGUGCCUCCCUGGCUGGGAUCGACAGUGAGCAGGAAUUGAUGUUCCUGCUGCGCCAUAAGGAUGCCCAUGACCACUGGAUCGGCCUCCGGAGGGAGCAGGGGCAGCCCUGGAAAUGGACCAACGGCACCGAAUUCAACCACCUGUUUGUGAUAAGAGGAGGCGGUGACUGCGCGUAUCUGAAUGACGAGAAAGGGGUCAGCAGCUCACGGUGCUACAUGGAAAGACGGUGGAUCUGUAGCAAACUGAGGUGUAUGUGAUGGGCAAAGGGACUGCACUAGAAGGGAGCUCAAAAUAAGUCUUCCAGAAAUGACACUGAUACAACUCACAUCUACUUGAAUGAGCCAUGUCCCCAUUUGUCAG